UCUACAGGUUGCUGUUGUCGGUGUCGAAGUAAUUUGUAUGUGUUAACUAAAGGAGGUGUUUUGACUUUUGCUCUGUUUGUGUUGUUAUUAGAUGAGAACGGCUUUGCAAAAACAUUGUAAUGUCACUUUUAGUAUCUCGUCAUUUAAAUUUGAGGGAAGAACGCGUUUCGAGUGAGCAGUAGCUUGUCGAGGCGGCCUGCAGGGAAACGCUGAAGCUUAGCGUACACCGGCGGUGUGUUUAUUUAUCUCAGUAUCACCGAGCAAAAAAUGUCGCUGUGGCGUCACAUAGUUGAUAAACAGAAGGCUAGCCAUGCUAAUGGCCUGGGCGACUGUGUUUGUGCCGUUGCUAAGAGUCAACCCGCUCUGCUGGGACUGGACGAGACUCCGCCCAAACAUCCACCAGAGGAGAGAUUAUUACAGCACACUCCAGUGUCCACUGCAGCAGUGAUAAAGGAUGUUCCUUUAUCACCCCUUUGCAGUUGCGGAGCUUCAGAGUCCUCUCGUUCUCUGUUAAAGACCUCACUGCUCGAGCAGCUGCUCUCUCAAUGUCCCUGCUCUGGGAAGAAAGGGCUCAAGGUCAUCCACAACCCUUCUAAAGCCAUAAUCACUGUUGACUGUACUACAGCACAGGUGGUGGAAGUGAACAAGCAAGCCUGUAACCUCUUUGAAUACACGCGCUGUGAGAUGAUUGGGCAAGUGCUGACCUUUCUCCUGAAGACUAGUCAGAUGACUGAGGAUGUCUUGGGAGAGGAAAGCCUGGACUCUUCAGGCAACUUGCUUACUAUCUCAGGAAAAGUGGUGAAUGCUAUAAGUAAAUCAGGCAUCGAGUUCCCUGUGUCUGUUUGGACACGCUCACAAAAUCACAAAACCUGCGAACUGCUUUUGGAAAGAGUGGAGAGGAUAUCGGCCCACUUCUCCUUUUCUAAAGAGGGUGGAAUCCUCGGCUGCGACUCCACCUUUGCACAUCUCCAUGGUUACUGUGAUGCUGAAGAGUUGAUGGGGGUUGCAGUCACAUCUCUGAUGCCAACGCUUCAUGUUCCACUGCAGUGUCAAUCCAUCCCGAAGAUGAUGCGUGUGCAGAGGGUGUGUGUGCAGGGCAGGAACGACACAGAGCUGCACAUGUGUGUGCGACUGCGUGCCGCUGUAUCCUGUGUGAAGCCAUUGAGCCAGACCGGCAAAUUCCCCUGUGCUGAGUCCAGUGAAAUUUCACAUUCAGUGUUCAGUGACACAGGAGCAGUUGUUCCUGGUGAAGGCAAGUGUUCGCUCAUCCCAGAUGUGGUUUAUUCUGGGUCACUCUGGACUUUUGUUUCCUCCAGCUGCCUUUUGACACUAUACCCUAAUGGCACCAUUAACAGCAUCAACAGCAUCUAUUGUCCUCUGCUGGUGGGAUAUAGCAUGACUGAGCUUGUAGGCAAGAUGAUCACCUUCCUGAUUCCAGCCUUUUACGAGGCUAUGUGUUCCUUCGACAGAAGCCACAGUCUGGUAUCUUAUCACGAAGACAGUUCAGCAUCUAAUUCUUCUAGUAACCACUCGGACUCCACCAGGUGUUCUGAUGAAGGUGAAGGCAGUGUUUUAAACCCCUCUGCUUGUGCUAUCUCAGAAAAGGGGAAUCAAGAAACAUGUAGUCCGAUGAUUUUGCUGGCCAAAGACAGUAUGUUGGUGAAAAAGAAACGAGGUGCUGCAAAUGGAAGGCGAGCUUUUGCUACGAUCAGGGCCAAGCAAGAGCAUCAAGCUCCUUCUGCUAUUACUGUUCCUGCAAUCUUGCCCAUGCCCCCAAACAGUUUGGAGGACACUACAGAACUGUGCAAGGAGGCAGCUGCAGUAAUAGCCCAGUGUGAUGAGUCCAUUCCUGAAAAUUCUACCACAGCUCUACUGCAUACCUUCACCUUGCUUGAGUCCCAGGGAUGUUCAACCAGACUCCAGAACUCCAGCUUUGAGGUGAUCUCUCUUGGCAGUCGCUCAUCCUCUGGAUUCUGUGAAAAGUGGGCGGGUGCUGAAAAACCAGACAACACGCAACAGGAAGUAGAAUUAGAAGAUUCAAGCAGCUGCUUCCUUGACCUGGAUGCAAAUGGCGAUGCCAUUGCACUUGCCGUUGCAGGGCUGGAGUUAAGUGACUGUGACACGGCUGAGCUUCUGCGAACACCAUCGCCUUGUGUUGUGGAGUCUGAGCCUGAAACCGAACCCCCUGACCUCCCAAAGAACAAACUUGAUGAACCAGAAUGUUUGAGGACAGGUGUCGGCUCCUCACUGAAAGAACAGUCACUUUUAGGGGCAAAUAUUGAGCAGUGGAACAACGAGUUGAAAGGUUCUGAACAAUGUACUCCAUUUUCAGAGCUCUGUAAAAGUGGGAUGCUUUUAUCAAGUAACAGACCAGCAACCUCCACCCCAAAAAAGCUGUUGUCCAGUCAUGCUACAACACUCUCCCCUUUCACACUAAUGCAAGAGGGCAAGUUUCAAGCCAACUGCUAUCACAGAGAUGGAACACCUAUUGAGGUCCAGUGCGACGUGCGCAGAGCUGCUCUCUCUAAUGGUGGUGGUUUGUUCUGUGUGUGGCUGAGUGGGAGCCAUCUUUUCCUUCACCAGCAGGAGUCACUGCAGAGCAUACAAACCUCCAGAGCAGAGUCCUCCGUUGAGGAUGGCCCGGACUCCAGUCUGCGAGAGGUGAUCAGCGAAGCAGACUAUGGUAAGGGUCUGCAUUCCUUUAUGAACCUGGAGCAGUCUGGAGCAUGUGAAGGACAGUUUGAAGAAGACUACCAUCCACUGCGUCCCUUAGGAAAGGGAGCCUUUGGUGUUGUCUGGCUUGCCUCACGACGUCGUGAUGAACAGGAGGUGGUAGUGAAAUUUAUUAGGAAGGACAGUGUGGUGGAGGAGUGCUGGGUGAUGGACCCUGAGCUCGGUAAAGUCACUCAAGAAGUGGCCAUGCUCGCUCGGUUGCGUCACCCUAACAUUGUCAAGGUGUUGGAGGUGUUUGAGAAUGGGAACUUUUUCCAGAUGGUGAUGGAGAAGCAUGGAGAUGGCCUUGAUUUGUUUGAGUUCAUUGACAUGCAGCCCAGACUGGAUGAACCACUAGCCAGCUACAUCUUCAGGCAGUUGGUGUCGGCAGUCACUUACCUUCGUGGAAAAGGCAUAUUGCACAGGGACAUUAAGGAUGAAAAUAUCAUCAUAGACACGAAGUUUCAUAUCAGACUGAUCGAUUUUGGCUCUGCAACCCGGCUGGAACCAGGCAAGCUCUUCCAUGUGUUCUGCGGCACACUAGAAUACUGCUCACCUGAGGUGCUGCAAGGAAACCCGUAUAAAGGACCAGAACUGGAGAUGUGGUCUCUGGGAGUGCUUGUAUAUACGCUGCUGUUCAGCGAAAACCCCUUUUGUAGUGUAGAAGAGACUAUCCAAGCCAAACUCACCAUUCCCUGUGACAUCUCUACAGAUUUGUACAGUCUGCUGGCUGGUUUGUUGCACCGAGAGCCAACUGAGAGAAUGACUCUGGAGGAGCUUCUAGAAGAAUCGUGGAUCCGGCAGCCCAUUAACUUAGGAGAGUACAGCUGGAGUGAAGUGUUCCCCUGCAACCAUGACUCUGAGCAAACAUCCCAUGGUCCAGAUGUGCAGCAAGAGACCAGCACUCAUGAGGCUACUGAUGAGACGCCUCUCCAGGAUGAAGAUAAUGAAUUAGAGGAGGAAGAGGAUGAAGAGCAAAUGAAAACUAUGGCAGCAUUGGAGUUUGAACUCCUUAAGUAUCUAACUGAAAAGUAAAGGCCAAGGAAGCUUCAGUGCUCCUUUUGAAAUGAGACCUGCAAUGGGAAAAGGUUAAAAUGAUGAAAAGAUAAGGUGAAAUAAAUAUCACUUAUGUCCUGCUUCUCAUUCCAGUUGUUUAUGUUGAAGACUUUGGCUGCCUGAACAUUGAAUUAACUUCCAUGCUGUUCUAUGCUCCAUGGAUAAUGGCUUUUUAGCACUGGUUAUGUACAAAAUAACCGGUGCACAAAUUAAGAAAGCAUUUUAAUGUAUUGUAAUGA